UCGAUUUCAAACACUAGGGCGUCGGGCCGACGCGAAUGUCCUUCUACGGGUCGUCUGGAAUUCACGUAUCCGGUAGUCCACGCUCGCUGGAGCCCUCACCGACGCGGAAGAGGAAUAGCUGGGGACAAGAGUAUCCAAGCGACCGCGGCCGUCCUCAAGACGAUCCUUUUUAUAUGCCAGAGGAUCCCUGGAGCCAGACUCCACUGGACACGCUUCGUUAUGGCACACCGCCGGCGGACGAUGCAUCCUCGACUCUGGCAGGUCCGUCUUCCGCAGUCGCAUCGCUUUAUGGAGACGACGACGAAGCACGGCUUACAAACCACCGCGAGGAGGACUCGGCAGUGCGGAGGCAGAGGACAUUACGAUAUAGCACUUCACCAUCACCUUUGAAAAAGACCGGGACGGCAAUCAAGCAUGUGUCGCAAAACCUUCGCAGAGUGUCUGUUCGAGUGGUGAAUAUGGCGUCUGUUGGUCUAGAGAGGUUACCGGACGACAAAAGAGACGAGGAAGAUCAAAUUCCCAACCUUGCGACGUCGUUGCCGCUCCGUGGUCGGACAUUGGGAAUCCUCGGCCCCACCAACCCUCUCCGCUUGCUAUGCUUCAACUUCCUCGUGUAUCCCUGGACGGAACCUAUCAUCCUGUUACUCAUCAUCUCCAAUGCCGUGCUUCUUGUUAUCCAGUCCUCAAGGACACUCACGCUCUCUGACCCACCCCUGACAGUGCGAGGCUACUUUCACAGUUGGGAAGACUACGCCCUUUUCGCUCUUUUCGUUGUCUUCACACUCGAGGCCUUCGCACGAAUAUGCGUUUCAGGUCUUCUCUUCGAUCCAGAAAUACCGCCUUCCCUCAUAUUUUCCAAAUCCUUCACCCUUCCCUUGGAUGACAAGCUGCUAGAGAAACAGGCACCACCAGCAGAGACUCUAUCCCUCCCGUUCAAGCUCACCAUUAGCUCCAACACUUCCCUCAUACGUCGUAACGCACCGUACCUCCGCCACAGCUGGUCCCGGAUCGACUUCGUGGCCAUCAUCUCGUACUGGGCUUCGUUUGUACUUGCGACCCUCGGGGUCGAGAACGGUGCCCGCCACGUGCGGAUCUUCCGAGCAUUCAGUGCGCUACGUACCGCACGGCUGUUGACCAUCACUCCGGGUACCACUGCGAUCCUGAGCAGUCUCAAAACCGCCAGGCCUCUACUCGCCGGGGUGGCGUACUUUGUGUUGUUUGCGAUGAUUGUGUUUAGCGUCAUUGGGGUCCAAACAUUCAAGGGCUCUCUUCGUCGUACCUGUGUGCUUGAUGCCACGCUUGGAGAACCCGACACCGUGUUGGACAGCCAAUUCUGCGGAGGCUGGAUUGAACCUGUGUCUCUGAACGUGACACCGUACAUCACUGCAGGGGGUCAGGUUUCCCCCAAUGUGAAAGGAUUCGUCUGUCCCCUUGGCCAGACUUGCAGGGAAUCUGAUCAAAAUCCGUUGAGCGGUGUCGAGAGUUUCGACACAAUCUAUUUUUCGGCCUUGCAGGUCAUCAUCAUCGCCUCCGCGAAUGGAUGGUCGUCACUGAUGUACCAAAUCAUCGAUGCUGAAUACUUUGUCUCAUCCGUCUUCUUCAUCCUCUGCGUGAUUGUCCUCAACUUCUGGCUCAUCAACCUGUUCGUCGCGGUCAUCACGAACACGUUCUCGGCCAUCCGUUCCGAAACCAAGACGAGUGCAUUCGGGGCCGGAAAUACGGAUCUUACGCCAGCUGACACCGCAGACGAUGAUGGCUGGGCAGCCCGGCCCCCAGCUCGUCGACAUGCUAAUCCAGCGACGGUCGUCAUCAAGUACACGCGCUGGAUAUUCGUGGCCCUUGCGCUCGCGUCACUAGCUCUGCAGGCCACCCGAACCCCCGAGAUCUCUGCCCACGAAGAACAUGUACUUUUGCUCUCAGAGCAAAUCAUCACUCUUGCGUUUGAUAUCGAAAUCAUUCUCCGUCUGCUGGCGGCACUUCCCGAUUGGCGGUCGUUUUUCGGGCUUGGACUGCAGAACAAGAACAGGAAAGCCUCCGCUACUGACCGCGAGCGAGACAAUGGUGCUCCGGGACCAGGACAGAAUUGGCUCGAUCUGUGUCUGGCAAUUGCGAACAGUGUGAUUCAAAUACCUGUGAUCAGGCAGUCCUCAGUGUAUCCUUGGUUCACGAUAUUCCAGCUCAUGCGGUUCUAUCGCGUUAUUUUGGUCGUUCCACGCAUGAAGCCUCUGCUGCUGGCCGUGUUUGGCAACAUGUAUGGUCUGGCCAACAUGACGCUCUUCCUCAUGCUCAUGAAUCUGGUUGCUGCUCUCAUCGCUGUCCAAUUCUUUCGCGGAGAUCUCGACUCUGGCGAGACCAUGAACUUUAGCACAUUGUUCAAUGCGUUCCUCGCCGUUUACCAGGUCUUUUCCUCCGAGAAUUGGACAACUGUUCUGUACACCACUGCAGCGGCCGAGGAGAUCUUCGGACAGAGUAUUAUCACCGUGUUGUUCGUUAGUGCUUGGAUGCUUUUUGCUAACUUCAUCGUGCUCCAAAUGUUCAUUGCUGUGAUCAACGAAAACUUUGACGUGGCGGAAGAGGCAAAGAGGGGCAAACAGGCCACCAAUUAUUGGGAAGAGGCACAUCGACCGACCAAUGGCAGUGCGAGCUGGAUCCGAAAGUUAAAUCCAUAUCGCUGGGUCAGAGCGAAUCCGGUCCAAGUCAAGGUCGAGGCGCUACCGGCGAACCUGGUGCUUCCUAUUCAGAAGAGUCUGGUGCAAGAGUAUAAUGUUCCUAAAACGGAGAUGAUGACCGAGGCCUCGAACCAAAGUGGAGGUCGCCAUUAUCGCCACAAGUCGCUCUCUGCCUUGCAGAAGUUGUUCGGAGGCGAUCCUCGAACCGACAUCCCGCUCUCAACGCUUCGGCAUGCCCGCAACGACACCCUUGGCGGAAUCGCAGAGGAUGACGAAACUGAACGGCAUUUGGAACUGUUGGCCGCAGUGCGAAAUGAGACGACGACCACAAACGAGGAACUCAAUGACGCGUUGUACGAAAGGAGAGCCCAGAAAGCCGACUUCAUCCGAGAUCACCCGACAUAUGACAAGACAUUCUGGAUCUUUUCGCAGAAGAAUCUGCUGCGGAGAAUGUGUCAAAAACUGGUCCAGCCGGCAAGCGGGCCCCGUAUCUUUGGCACUCCCCCAUCACCGAUUCUGUAUCCUCUGUUCCAGAUGACGCUGCUGCUGAUCGUCAUUGGCGGGAUUGCCGUUGAGUCGAUCUCGAACCCCGUGUACAGGCGCAAUUUCUUUGCUGAGCACGGAUUGGUCCGGGGAGCAUGGUUCGAUAUUGCGGAAAGCGUGUUUGGGCUCGUGUUCGUGCUCGAGUUCCUCAUCAAGGUGACCGCAGACGGGUUUCUUCUCACUCCAAAUGCCUACGUUCGGAGCAUCUGGAACCUGCUGGAUUUCGUCAUCAUGGCCGGGCUGCUGGUGAACGUCAUCACCGGUCUUGUAUUCAUCGGAGGGUUGAGCCGGUUGACACGGUCAUUUAAAGCUCUGCGCGCGUUGCGGUUGAUUACUCUCGUCGACCGGAUGCGCACAACUUUCGAGUCCCUGAUCAUCUCUGGCGCACUUCGGAUAUUGGACGCAGGAAUUCUGGCGAUCUUGUAUAUGAUCCCGUAUGCUGUCUGGGGGCUCAACAUCUUCAACGGCAAGAUGAACGAAUGCAAUGACUCCAGUGUCACCGGUGCAGACACCUGCAACAACGAAUAUACCAACACUGUCUUCGGGAACGCGUUUGGCUUUGUCGUGCCCCGCGUUUGGGACAAUCCCGCGCCGUCGACAGUGUUCUCGUUUGACUCGUUCCGUGCCUCGCUGUUGAUCUUGUUUGAGAUCGUGUCACUCGAAGGAUGGGUCGAUGUCAUGGGCGUGGCCACCAGCAUCACAGGGAACAACAGCCAGCCUCAGACCAAUGUUGCUCAGAUCAACUCGCUGUUCUUCCUCAUCUAUAACUUGCUGGGAGGUGUCGUCAUCUUGACGCUGUUUGUCAGUAUCAUCAUCGGCAACUUUAGUUCCAAAACAGGCACAGCGUUUCUCACGCAGCCCCAACGCGAAUGGAUCGAUCUACAGAAGCUAUUCCGUCGGCAGCGUCCCUCGAAACGGCCCCGCACACGUCCGACGUGGUCAGUCCGGUCUUGGUGCUACGACCGAGCGGUCCAUAAGAACGGAUGGUGGGCCAAUGGAAUGUUUGCUGUAUUCGUGGCGCACAUCUUUGUGCUGAUGACACAGACAUUCUCGACUCAGAGCAUCGUCGAUUCGUUGCGAAACGACUUUUUCUUGGCGAGUGCGUCGAUCUAUACCCUGGAUGUGCUGGUUCGCUUCUUUGGUCUCGGGUGGCGCAGCUUUCGAGCAAAUGGAUGGAAUGUAUUCGACAUCAUUGUCGCAGGAGGCAGCGUCGGGACAACUUUCAUCGUACGGUUCGGCUCGAUAGGAUUUCUCGUGCAGCAGCUGCAAAAGCUGUUCCUGGUCUGCAUCACCUUCAAGCUUGUCGAGAGGACGAACAGUCUCAACAAACUGUUCAAGACGGCGGUCGCGAGUCUGCCUGUGAUCAUCAGUUUGUUGAGCCUGUGGUUGGUUAUGUUCCUGUUCUUUGCGAUCCUCUUCCUCGAGGUAUUCGGGUUGACCAAGUGGAAUUCUGCCGAGACAAGAACACAGAAUUUCAGCACCAUGGGUUCGACCCUGGUCAUGCUCACGUUCUUCACGACUGGUGAAGCUUGGAACCAGUACAUGCAUGACUACACCAUCGAGUAUCCCCGUUGCACCAAUCGCGAUUUGAAAGAGAACUCGGAUUGUGGCAGCACCGUAUGGGCCUUCACGCUGUUCAUCACCUGGAAUCUACUCAGCAUGUACAUUUUCGUGAACAUGUUCACCGGUGUGGUCGUCGAGAACUUUUCCUAUGUCUUCCAAACGUCGGGUGGGACCAAGUCUAUCACGCGAGCCCAGAUGCGUGCAUUCAAGAAAGUUUGGGCCGAAUUCGCGAACCCCAAGACAGGCUACCUCGAACGCACUCAAUUCGUGCCGUUUUUUGCCAAACUGAGCGGUGUCUUCGAAGUACGGAUCUACCCGGUCGAACACAGCAUCCCCAACAUUCAAGCUCAGUGCAAGCCCUCGGCCGAGUCGCAGUAUUGGCCGGAUCGGGUUAUCGAAGGUGUCGACUUGAUCAAGUUGGAGAAGGUGCUCAAAGAUAUCGACUAUGCGGCAAUUCGCAAACGGAGGGCGAUUUAUAGUCGAAUAUAUCACGAAGCCAGUAUCUCUCACCAGCAGGGGCGAGGGAUGUCUUUCACCGACAUGCUCUUUUUGCUGGCACAUCACAAGCUCAUUGUGGAUCGAGAUGCCUUGGUGCUGAAAGAUCUCGUCGUCCGCACCGAAACGAACAAGCUGGUCACCGACUUGGUCAACCUUGACCGCGUCAGGUCUUUACUCAAAACUAUCUCGCACCGGCGGCGGUUCCUCAAGUACAAGCAGCAGAAGUACAUGUCCGAGACUCCGUCGAUCGUGGUAGAUGUAAUGCCCGCGACACCACCUCCCUCGUCAAGAGACAUCUCAUCCGCCAUCUACUCGACACCGGGUUCGCCCACGCCACAGCCCAAGGCGUUUUUCGGCUCGCCCGAUGUGUCGCUUACGUCGGGGUCCAAGCUGCAGCGCAGCGGCCGACGGACGAGCGACAUCAGCAUGCUGAGCGGAGAUCUUGGGUAUUACUACGGCGGAAACAGCAGAUCAAGAGAAAGUUCGGUCUCCAUGUCGCCAGGGGAGGACCCUCAGGCCAUCCUCCAGGCAAUGGAAACCUCCCCCUGGGGUGAUCUGAUGGCUGAAGCGGAGCUGGAGGAGGGCAGCAGGUAGUGGUUGUUGUAUGAUUGAUAUGGGUGGGAUUGUUUUUUUUAAUAUCUGGACGGUACAUAUUUUACUAGACAUGUGCAUUUCUGUACAGUAGCAUGCGCUCAUUUAUCAUAUUAUUCGUUCUAGCAUUCAUGGAUAUCAUAAUUACUGCCUGUCACACUGCCGUCAGUUGCUGUGGACCGCCAUCACCAUGCCCUUUGAAACGCGCAGUCCCAUCUUGGAACUUCCGUUCGAUGUGAUCUCCCAGAUCUUUGUCUUUUGCCUCCCCCAAGUCCAAGACGCUCUGCCAUGGCGAACGGAAGCUCCGUUGCUUCUUAUCGCGAUAUGCCGACAAUGGCGCCAACUGGCGCUCGAGACACACGAACUAUGGAACACAAUCUAUCUCGAACUAAAGCCCCACAACAUACUGAGCUGCCGCCCGCUCCUCGAGUUCUGGCUCCCGCGUGCGGGGCAGAUGCCGCUCUCGCUGAGCCUGGUAUACCGCGGAAGCAAGGGACACGUGCACGCCCACAGUAACUCCCAUCCGCUCGCGACACUGAUAUCGGACUACGCGCCGCACUGGACCUCGAUUGACUUACAGACGCCCUUAUUCCUCUUAUCUAACUUUGAAGCGCCCCAGCGACCGCUCGCCUCGCUGCGGAAACUCACUCUGCACUCGGAAGGGUUCUACGGGAUAUCAUCCGACGUCAAGUUGUGCGUCUUCGCCAACACGCCGCAGCUGCGCGAUCUGCAUCUCGUCAGCGGGGUCGUCGAAGCCUCCAGCCUGGGCCUGCCGGCUGAGCAGAUCACGACACUGCGAAUGGAGCACACGACUGUGCGGCAUGCACUCGACAUGCUCGUGGCGUUCCCAAAUCUCGAGUCCAUGACCUGCAUCAUCUGGGGCGAGGCGGGCACUCCCCAAUCAGCCCCCCACGCGUCCUCACUUAAGUCGCUGCGUCUGAUCCUCAGCCACGAUCGUGGCCCGGCACUGCUCGCUCAGCUAACCGCGCCUCUCUUAGAGCGAUUGGAGCUGGAUGUUAUCCAUCGGGCACAGUUGCCCCUCGUCGCAUCGUUUGUCCACCGCUCGAGAUGCUCUCUCCGCUCAUUCUCUGUGCGGCUUGGCGAAUACUGGUCGUAUGUGGAAUGCAUGGAGCUCUUCGGGUCGCUGGAUCUCCUGGAGCACCUCGAAGUCAGAAAGGGCGGAUCCAGUCUCGAUGUACUCUUCCAGUUCUUGCUUGACAAUCCGCUGGUCCUUCCCUCGCUAAAAUCCCUGUUCGCUGAACGCACGAUUACCGAGCCUGUCAUGGCCAAGGUCAUAGCAGACUUGCUGGAAUCGCGCAGGGAGAACACGACGGUGAAAUUGGACUGCUUUCAACUGGUGUCGCCCCUCGCUGAUGGGAGGGAGCCUGAUUCAAUGCUACGCAUCACUAGAAUGAUAGAGGCCGGGAUGGAAGUUAGUGUUGUUGCCCCAGAGCAGUGGUUCAUCUAAUUUGUGCGGAUGAGAUCAGAAGUGUAAAGGAUCAAUCGUCGUCGGCCGACCCGGCCCGGAUUCACGAUCACCUGACGCUAUACACAGUGUUCGUGACCGCGGGAAAGAUAAGUAUGAAAGUCUUGCAGACCUCGACGCUCUUCAUGCUACGUCUCUUCUCAUGAAUUCCUCGCUUAAAACCUAUAAAAACCUGCGUCCAAAUUCAUUUUCAAUCCGUAGCGACGAUGCGUCCAUGUCUGCUUCUCACAUCAGGCAUUGAGGCUGCACCUGUGACCUAGCUUCCUGGAUUCUAAAUUCUUGUGCUACCAUGAUCCUCACUGGCAACACAUGCUCUCUCCAGCGUCAUCUGCUGAUUUUCGGGUCCGGCGGGGUCAAUUGGGCUGAAUAUAAGUUGCCCAUUGUCCGUCGUUGCCGACAGCCAUGUUAUCACAAUCUCUUGUCUUGCUCUCACUUCUCCUUGCACCGAAGGUGGCGGAGGGUGCCGCGGUGUCCUCGACUGCCUCCCAGACCUUUAUCGGAAUCGGUGGCUCCGGCGCUUGGUGGCCCCACGACCUGUACCAAUUUCCUGCUGCCGUCCGCACGAACCUAUCGAACCUGCUCUUCUCGCCGACGACCGGCCUCGGCCUGACAUCCUACCGGUACAACGUCGGCGGCGGAGGGGUGGGUGUAAUCAAUCCCGUGCGCGCCCCGGACACGUUCUAUGUCAGCCCGGGGGUGUACAACUACAGCCAUGAUCCGCAAGGGGUCUUCUUCAUGCAGGCUGCGGCGAGCUUCAAGGUGCCGAUCACCUUCUUUGUCAACAGUGGCCCGCCUCCGUUUACGAGCAACGGCGCCAGCUGUGGUGGCAGAUUCAUCAAUGGAACGGGUGCAGCGUAUGGCAAAUAUCUCGCGGAUGUCAUCUCGCAUUGGCAUGGCCUGGGAGUGCCGGUCCAAUAUGUCUCCCCGAUGAACGAGCCCGACGACUCGUUCGGCACGCCUGGCUCGUGUGGACAGGAGGGAAUGGAAGUCGAUGCAAACCAGCGGGCGGAGGUUGUCAAUGGAGUCUAUGCCGCGUUGCAGGCUACCGGACUGCAGAACCAAGUUGGCAUUCUUGCCGACGAGUCUUCGUCUCUAUCCAACGCGAUGAACGAGUACCCGACUUGGCUGCCCUUCGUUGCGGACAAAGUCGCUGCUCUCGUCCAUCACACAUACGAUUUCCCAAGUGACGCGUCGUACACGGCGCUAGUGAACGACGUCAACACCCUAGCUCCCGGAAAGAAGACAUGGAUGUCGGAGAUCUGCUGUUCUCUUGGAACAGCUUCUGGAGGUGGCAAAGGAUACAGCGGCGGCUACGACCCUACAAUCACAAAUGCCUUGAUGUUCUCUGGCAUGGUGUUCCAGAGUCUUGUCACCGCCAGUGAGCCGCAUUACGAUUUCUGGACUCUCGUUUCCAACGAAAUCGGAUGCCAGCCGCUGACUAACCCCAGCUGUGCCACCACUCCGAACUCGAAUGGUUGGACUGAUGGCCUGAUCUACUACGAUCCAGACUAUGCAACGAACGGGAACCACCAAUUAUAUAUCUCCAAGCACUACUGGACCUACAAACACUUUGGCAACUUCGUCAAACCCGGCUCCAUCCGGCAUGCGCUGACCGGAAGCGACGUGCAGCAGUGGAUGAUGGCAGUGGCCACACCCACGACGUACUCCGUCCUGCUGAUGAACCCCAACACGACCGACACGACGCUGACGCUGACGUUCCCUGACACCGUCUGCCCGCUGGCAGCAGUGCGCACGAGCGCGACGGAGGACUUUGUGUCUGUCGCCGCCGCAACCAACCACUCGGGCGCCUACUCCCUCCCGCUGAAAGCGACCAGUCUGACCACGUAUACGUUCAACCGCAAACAGUGCUGAUUGGAUCGAGGAUCCACUGCAAGAUUACCCAAUUUACUACGUAGUGACCCUGUUUAGGCAAUGCUAUUUCCUCUUUUGGCAGAAACAGGAUCUGAGCUGGCAUUCUUUCGUUCGUA